AUGACAGAUGAAACAGUAACAUCAAGUAACAUUCGAUCGGAUUUGGUUGAUACAGCAAUUGGUUUUUUAAAAAAUCCAAAAGUUGCUGGUGAAUCAAUAGAUAAAAAACGUGAUUUUUUAAAAAAGAAGGGACUUACUGAUAAUGAAAUUGAUUAUGCAUUCAAAAUCAUACCACAACAACAAGAAAUGCCUAAAGAAAUUGUUCCUCAUCCUCAACCAUCAUUUCUUCGCCGAUUUUUGUCUGAUUUAAUCUUAGCUGGUAUUCUUGGAUAUGCAUUAAAAAUUAUCAAACGUUGGUUUCAAUCAAAACAAUCAAUAAAACCCAAUGAAUUAGAUGAAACAAUUAAAAGUCUUCAAAAAACCGUACAAGAUAUGCAAGCAAGUGUUAUUAAACUUGAACAAGCAGCUAAUGAAUUUCAUUCAGCAACGAAUUUAUCAACUAGCAAUGGAUUACCAUUUUCAUCACCAUUAGAAGAAAUCAAACGUGAAAUUCAAACGUUAAAAGGUCUAUAUUUAAGUCGUUCUCAAUUCCCAUCGAUUCCACAAGUAACUCCUAAAAUUCCAUCAUGGCAAUUAGAUACUGCAGAAAAAUUAAAAGCUCGUACAUCACCAGUUACUGAUGAAACGAAUUCUAAAAGAACGAAUGAUGAUAAUAAAGAGGAUGGUGAUAGUAUUAUUUUAGUUUCGGAAAAUGAAAAAAAAAGUGAUGAUGAACAUCGUCUAUCGCUUAGUCCAUCAUCAGAAUCAUCAAAUGAUGCAUAA